AUGAAGCGGCCUUGCGAGGAAACUACCUCAGACAGCGACAUGGACGAGACGAUAGACGUUGGGAGCGAGAACAACUACUCCGGGCAAAGUAACAGUUCUGUCAUUCGCUCGAGUUCCCCAACGACAACAUCUCAGAUUAUGGCCAGGAAGAAAAGAAGAGGGAUUAUAGAGAAGAGGCGCCGAGAUCGUAUAAAUAACAGUUUAUCAGAGCUGAGGAGGCUUGUGCCAACUGCUUUUGAAAAACAAGGAUCUGCCAAGUUAGAAAAAGCGGAAAUACUGCAAAUGACAGUGGAUCAUCUGAAGAUGCUGCAGGCAACAGGAGGUAAAGGUUAUUUUGACGCUCAUUCCCUGGCCAUGGAUUUCAUGAGCAUUGGCUUCCGGGAGUGCCUGACGGAGGUGGCGAGGUACCUGACUUCGGUGGAGGGUCUCGACACGGCCGACCCUCUGCGCGUUAGACUCGUGUCUCACCUGAGCACCUGUGCCUCUCAGAGGGAAGCUGCCGCCAUGACCUCCUCCAUGGCCCACCACCAUCACCCCUUGCACCCUCACCACUGGGCCGCUGCCUUUCACCACCUCCCGGCCGCCCUGCUGCAGCCGAAUGGACUCCACGCUUCUGACACCGCCCCGUGCAGACUCUCCUCAGACGUGCCCCCCCACGGCUCUGCCCUGCUCACCGCCACUUUUGCCCAUGCCGAUGCCGCCCUGAGAGUCCCCUCCGCUGGCAGCGUCGCUCCCUGCGUCCCCCCUCUCUCCACCUCCUUGCUGUCCCUCUCGGCUACUGUUCACGCCGCAGCGGCGGCCGCUACAGCCGCUGCCCAGAGCUUCCCCCUCUCCUUCACUGGCACCUUCCCCAUGCUUCCCCCCAGCGCAGCCGCUGCCGCCGUGGCUGCGGCAACGGCCAUCACCCCUCCGCUGGCUGUGUCGGCCACCACCAGCCCUCAGCAGGCUGGCAGCGGGGGUGGCACUAAACCCUACCGACCCUGGGGGACUGAAGUUGGAGCCUUUUAA